CUCUCUGAUAUUCUGUCUUUCUCUGAGCGGCUCUCUCUCUCUCUCUCUCUCUUCCUUUACCAACUAAGCCAUCUCACUAAACCACUCACCGCCCUAUAACUGUGUCUUUCAUGGCAGCACCACCGCAAAAGGCAGUCUCUUUUCUGUGGGCGACCAUGUUGGUGGGUAUUCUGGGAGGCAGCAAUAGUGUUGUGGGCGUGGAAGGUGCAUACUGGUGCGUGGCAAGGAGCGACGCGAGCGAGCAAGCGCUGCAAACGGCGCUGGACUAUGCAUGUGGGACUGGAGGAGAUUGUAGCCCCAUACAGUCAAAUGGCCUCUGCUAUCUGCCAAACACCAUCCAAGCACACGCCUCCUACGCCUUCAACAGCUACUUCCAGCGCAAGGCCAUGGCCCCCGGCAGCUGUGACUUUUCCGGCACUGCCACCAUUGCCCAAACUGAUCCUAGUUAUGGAUCUUGUGUGUAUCCAUCUUCCUUAAGCACGGCUGGAGGGACUACUACACCAACAACACAAACUUCAAAUAACCCAAAUGUGCCAACAACAGGAACAACAGGCAAUGGCAAUGGCGGCACUGCCGGACUGACUCCAGGAUUCACCCCGCCGCCAUUCCCUGACAAUUCGAAAGAAUAUUCGGAGUCCAUGAUCCCCACAAUCUUACUGCCUCUCUGCUUUCUGAUUGUUCUCACGCUUGCCUUUCAUCCACUGUAGGUCUCAGGGUGGAGAGAAGAGGCUUAUACAGUUUUGUUAGAAGUUGGGCCUUCUUUGUUUACUACCCCACCUUUGAUUUUUUAAACUAUUUUCUCUAGUCAUUUAAAAAAAGGUUGUUAAGGAGCGUUAGAUUGGCUGGUUAAGAGAAAAGAAAGCUCAUUUGGAUCCGAGUUAGUGUUAUAGCUAGGGCAUUAUUAUGGUCCAAAGCUUGUAGGUCUUACAAAUUCAAUUCAAUACUUCAAUUUAAGUGGUCUGAUUUUGAGGAGACGAAUGAUCAAAUCAAAACUUUGUGGUACUCGUCCUCAUAAUCAAAGGUAUAUCAUAUGGAACAAGAUCCUCUCUAUUUUAUUUGAACGGGAUAAUAUACAGU